AUGGAAGCACUGUGUACCAGACCACCUCGGCUUUCCAAGAGUCCGCAUCCGUCAGUGUUGAGCAGACUUACACCACUACCGACUCACAAGGCCGUGCUGUCACCACUUCUGCUCGUUUCCCCCGGCGUUGUUGUUGUUACUACCAACUCGCGAGGAUCGACCAUCUCAACAACAUCUGCUGUUGCCAGCGUUGCUGUUGACCAGAAUGGAGAUGUCAUUAGCUCUGUCGAUGCACCUGCGCCGAGUGGAAGCACUCGUCGUACAAGCGAUUCUGAAGUCGUUACUACUACCGAUCAGUAUGGCGCCAGCGUAAUCCUCUCUGGUGCUUCCCGUGGGGCCGUCAUUACCACCACGGAUGCCAAGGGUUCUACCUUCAUCACUACCUACACUCCUGGUGGUGGCAGAGUCAGCUCUCUCGUCCUGAUGACUACAACCCUGCCCGAUGGCGCACCCGCCACUGUAACCUCGCUUGCUGUUGUUGGUGGUGCACAAGCUGCGACCGCCUCAUCGGAUCGUCCCAGCUCUACCAACACUGCCGCCCCUGGCCUGCAGUCUGGUGCUGCCAGCGCAUCUCGCUCCCACAUCAAGGGUGCAUUUGCUGUUGUCGGUGGUGCGCUAGGUCUUGUCUACAUGCUUUAA